UCUUCGGAUCACGUUUGAACCACAGUAUCAAAACACAAGCUUGGAGAGAUGAAGCUGUCAAGCCUUCGUCACAUUUUUAUAGCGUUUAUCUGUCUUUCCUCACAGCUUUCUUGUGGGACUGCUGAGGAGUGUCGAGACAGCAUGUAUCCUCCCAAGGGCCCAACGUUUAAAGGUAAUGUCACCUGGUACACUCUAAAUCUUGAUUUACCCCCCAGUGAGAGAUGGACUCACGUGAUAAAGGAGAAAAAAGCUGAACUGGUAGCAAUGAUACAAGCAAUAAAAGAUUUAGCUGGUGGCUUUUUCCAUGGAAAGCUGAUUCAUUUAGUGGACAAUGAGCUGCCUUUGAUAGUGGACACACUCCCUUACCCUUUUAAUGAAGAAAUUAAAGGACUCGCUGCUGUCUCUGGUGUCCCAUUAGGAGAAGUUGUGCUGUUUAAUAUCUUCUAUGAAAUUUUCACUGUGUGCACAUCAGUAGUUGUGGAAGACUUAAAAGGGAAUAUAUACCAUGCACGGAAUUUGGACUUUGGAUUGUUUAUGGGGUGGGAUCGAAAAACUCACACAUGGACCAUAACCGAGAAGCUCAAGCCACUUGUUGUGAAUGUUGACUUCAAACGAAAUAACAAAACAGUCUUCAAAUCAACCAGCUUUGCAGGAUAUGUGGGAAUGCUCACUGGCAUUAGACCUAAAGAGUUUACUCUAACAGUGAAUGAGCGCUUCAGCGUUGAUGGAGGGUACAUAGGAAUCUUGGAAUGGAUUCUUGGCCAGAGAGAUGGAAUGUGGAUGAGCUUCCUCACCCGCAGAGUUCUGGAAAAUGCAACCAGUUAUGAAGAUGCCAAAAACGAGCUUGCUCAGACCAAGCUGCUUGCCCCAGCCUACUUCAUCUUGGGCGGAAACCAGACGGGUCAGGGUUGUGUAAUAACCAGAACUAGAAUCAACACGCUGGACAUCUGGGAGAUUGCUUUGAAGCUUGGUAGAUGGUAUGUCCUUGAAACUAACUAUGAUCACUGGGAAGAGCCAUUCUUUCUGGAUGACCGGCGGACACCAGCUAUGAAAUGCAUGAAUAAAAUCACCCAAGCAAACAUCACCUUGCAGACAAUAUAUGAUGUCCUUUCAACAAAACCUGUUUUAAACAAGCUGACCACCUACACUUCACUCAUGGAAGUUUCAACUGGUAAACUGGAGUCUUACAUUAGAGCCUGUCCAAAUCCAUGUAACCCUUGGUGAUGUCCAAUGUGAUGUCACCACAAUGUGAUGUCACCACAAAUUAAAAGCUGUUUUAAAUACCAUAUUGGCUAUUGCUCUACCUCUUUAAUAUCAUUACGUAAUAUUAAUUGUCAUUUUUAUGGCAACAUUAAUUAUUUCUCCCAAAAUCUUGUUAUAAAAGUGUAAAUAUUUUAUUCUGUGACCACACUGUGACAGUAAUCACUGGUUUUAUGAAUAGAAAGGAGUUGCAUCACUUAUUAAAUUUCUGUAGACAUGAUCCUGCUUACAACAGACUGUAUGAUCUUGGCUGUAUAAAAAAUUUAAUAAAUUAAUUUUUAUAAUUUUUAUUAUAAGGACUUUUUUUUCCUUUUCCAAAUAAAUGUGUAAAAUACUAUGAGUAUUUUUAUGGUUUUAUUUCAUGGACAGCUGUAAUCAAUGUUCUGUUUUUCUGUUCCUCAUUUAGUGUUAUAUGGGAAGUGCUCUCAACCCAAGAUUUGUGACAUAUCCAAUAUUGCACCAGCACUAAAACAGAAAAAUGCAACAAAGCAUGUGAUUGUUUUUUUUUUUAACUUUCAGCUCUAUCUAAUGUGAUACAUCAAGUCUUAACAGAGUGUGUAAGUCACAUGUGCUGUAGCAUAAUCAGCAGAGAAGCUGUGUCACUCUGCUUUUUUGAUGAAGGCAUGAGGAACUGCCAGUCCUAUUGCACACUUCCUCAUCCGUUUUAUUACACCUUCACCCUCACACAUCAGCUAACUGAGAGAGCUUUUUUUUAAAGAGGAGAUGAAAAUAUCAGCAGUGCAGCAUUAAGAAAUCUAAUUUAAAGUGCCAUUGAUUUUUCAAUCUGAAUUUUCCUUGCUUUUUUUUAAACAAAGCAGUUUAAUGUUGUACAAGUAUUGUUAAAGUUUCAAAAUGUACAAUCACUCCAAGUUAAUAAAGUCUAUUUAUGGAAACUAA